ACACAAGUUCAGUAAGACAGUGGCCCUCGCUGGGAAAGGUUGUGUCGCUCGCACGCUCGGUCAGGCCUCACUGCUGCUGCCUCUUGCUACGACGCGCUGGCCAUCCGCCGUCUGUCUAUACGCAUCCUUCGGUACAGGCCAUAGUGCUCUCUCGUCUUAGUGUUCUUCUCUUCCCUCCUCGUGGAAAACGACGGAAUCUAAGUCAGCAUCGUCGCCUCCGUUGGUGACAACGGCGUGACUCUCCCGCAGAUCCCGGGGCGUCGCCAGAGAGAGAGAGAGAGAGAGAGAGAGAGAGAGAGAGAGAGAGAGAGAGAGAGAGAGAGAGAGAGAGAGAGAGAGAGAGAGAGAGUACUAGAGGACAAUUGACAUCAUCAUCACCUUGACAACCACAACACAAAGCCUCACCACCACCACCACCACCACCGCCCUUCAUCACCACCACCACCACCACCGCCCUUCAUCACCACCACCACCACCACCGCCCUUCAUCACCACCACCACCACCACCACCCUUCAUCACCACCACCACCACCACCACCAUGACUGCGAAAUGCUAACAUGAGCGUAACGUGGAGGUGCGUGCGGUGCUGAGGGCAGAGACGAGUGCUGACGAGUGAUGAGAAACUGAGAGGAGGGAGGAGGAGGGGGAAGAGGAGGAGGAGGAGGAGGAGGAGGAGUGAGCGUGAGAGUGAUGGUGGUGUUGGAAGUUGCGUAGCGUGGUGUGUGCGUGCGUAGGUUCGUGUGAAGGAGGAUUUUCAGCACCGCUCAGCACUACUCAGCACCAUGGGAAAGCCACUGGUGCUGCUCUCUCCGCUGCUGGUGGUGCUGGUGAUGAUUCUGGUGACGGGCUGUGCAUCUCUCUGGCUGGGUGAAUGCAACAAGCCGCUGGGGGUGUCCACGGGGGAGCUCACCGACAACGCCCUCACCGCCUCCUCCGCCCAUGACCACAUAGUCGGCCCGCACAGAGCAAGGCUGGGCGUGGAGGGGGGCGGCGGCGCGUGGUGUCCCCGCUCAAUGGUUGACUCGGGACAGAAGGAGUGGCUGGAGGUGGACCUCGGGGCGCUGCGGCUUGUGACGGCGGUGGCCACGCAGGGCCGGCACGCCAACGGCCAGGGCCAAGAGUACACGCCGGCCUACACCCUCAGCUACUGGCGGCCCGGCAUGGGGGGCUUCACCUUCUACUCGGCGCACCCCAGCAAGGCCAACAAGACGCUGCUGGUGGGCAACUCCGACACGUACACGGAGGUCAAGAACAGCCUGGCGCGCCCCCUGCUGGCCACGAAGGUGCGGCUGCAGCCCUACAGCUCCCACAGGCGGGUCGUGUGUCUGAGGCUCGAGCUGUUCGGGUGCAACUACACAGACGGCCUGGUGAGCUACAGCCUCGGCGGGGGACCUACGCGGAGCCUGGUGGGGGCGGGUGUGGGGGACAGCGUCAGUGUGGGUGAAGGACUCCUCUUCGACGGACGCGUAGGACUUCAGGGCGAGGCUGGACAAGGACCUCUGCAUCCUAUGGUGGAGGUGGAAGGUCUCGAGCCGGCCCCAGACGUCCCCACGGUGAUGACUUUCAACUUCGAUGUCAUGCGGAAGUUUCGAAGUCUUCACUUUUACCUGCUGACGUCACAACUCACGGCCAAGCCCAAGAUCAAGGCGAAGGUCACAUUUGGCAGCAACUCCUCCCUCUUCGACGACACGCCUCUGAGCACGAGCUGGGCCGCGGCUGACCUCGCCCCCGCCGGCCCCCAGAACCUGACCUUUGACCUCAAGCAGCGCCCCGGCCUGACCCUGCAGCUGGAGGCCGUGGUGUCGGGAAUGGAGGCGAACAUACUGGAGGUGUAUUUCGACUCGUACCCGUGCGGGUGCCGGCUGGGUGACUGGGAGGCGCGCCCCGCCACCACGCCCGAAGAGCGCACCGCCGCGCGCCCGCUGGACCCCCCGGACGAGGUGUGGGCGGUGUACACGGCCCACCAGCACCGGACCUACGUGGGCGUGGCCGUGGGCUUCAGCGUAGGCGUGGGCGUGCUGGUGCUGGUGUGGGCGGGCGUGUGGCUCAGGCGGCGUCGCGGGAAGAGCUCCUCGCCCCGCGUGUUCCGCCGCCCGCCGCCCGACACCCUGGACAUGAAGUCUCUGAUGGAGGGCGUAGGUGUGGGCGUGGGCGUCCUGGGCAGCUCCACGCCAACCUACGAGGAGGGGAGUUGUCUGCUGUACGAGGACCUGCAGAAGAUGCCCCUCGUCCCCACGCCGCGCCCUCACACGCCCGACUCCACGCCUGUUUACGCCACGCCCACCCUCAAGCCCUCCUCCACCUUCCCCUCCACCACGUACUUCACGCCCAUCCCGCGCCCCGUCACCCUUGCCUCCAUUCCCCGCCCGCCGCCCAUUCCUCCUCCGCCUGAGAAGUUUGAUUCCAAGAUACAGGUACCCUCCGUGACUGGUCCGUGGCUGACGUCCGUGUACCGCCAAGACCACGCCCACGCCCACACCCACUCAGCCACACCCACGCUGGCCCCCGAGAGAGUCACCCGCACGGAGCUGCUGGCAUCUGGCGCCUUUGCUACGCUGUCCGCGGGCGUGGUGGGCGGCGAGGAGGUGUGUGAGGGGGACGCAGACCCGGCCUUGUGCCACGCCGCCCUGGUGACGGUGACGGCACACAAGGCGGUCCCCGCGGCCACACGCCACGCCCAGAUGCUGGCCACCAUCACCCACGAGAAUGUGUGUCGCCUGCUGGGGGUGGUGGUGGGCGGGCCGGUCGGCGUGACCCUCGUGCUGGAGUACCACCUGGACGCUCACCUGCCGGAGUACCUGCAGCGGCGCACCUUGUCACCGGUUCACUACACGCCCCCCACCAACACCUCCUCUGCUACUACUACUGCUACUCCGGCUGCUGCUACUACUAAUGCAGGAAGGGAUGGAUAUACUAACCCCUAUGCCCAUAUAAGCGUGGGCGGCCUCGUGGGCGUGGCCGUACAGGUGGCGGCGGGCAUGGCUCACCUGGAAUCCCUGCACAUCACACACACCGAUUUAGCAGCCAGGAACGUGGUGGUGAUGGGCGGCGAGGGCGGCGUGGCCAAGGUGACGCAGGUGGGCUCGGCGCUGUCCCGCUACGCCUCCGACUACUGGCGCGCCCCCGACGGCCGCGGCCCCGCCCCACUGCGCUGGUGUGCUCCGGAGGUGUUGUGCCAGGGCUCCUUCAAUCCCGCCGGCGACGUGUGGUCCUUCGGCGUGACCCUGUGGGAGAUCCUGACCCUGGCGCGCCGCCGCCCGCACCAUCACCUCUCCGACGACCUGCUCUUCCACGCCCUCGUCUCCACACACGCCCACAUCCUCAAGCCCGCGCCGGCAGAUGACGCCUACGCCACGCCCCAGGUGCAGCUCACGCCGCCCGCCUGGUGCCCCCGCGAGGUCCAAGAGGUGAUGACCUCCUGCUGGCGCCCCCACCCCACCCACCGACCCUCCUUCGCCGCCAUACACGCCAUCCUGGCGGCCCAUGCCACCCCGCGCUACUAAGCGGGCCGGGGAGGCUCCGCGUGGCGCCCCCACAGCGGCUCCCAGCCCUCCCCCUCCCUCCUGCGGCCAGUGUUUGUAAGUCAUUUAGUGUGUCGGUGUUUGGUGGCGCGUCAAAGCGAGGCUGAGGGACAGACUCCGGCCCGGCCAGACCAAAAGUAAACCUGGGCCGUGAGGGUGAACACAAAGGGCGGCGGCCCACGGCUGCAGGGACGAGGGGCGAGGCAGAAAGGACACAAUGGCCCCGCCGGAGAAGAGUGCAGGAGUACUAAAAUAUAUGUGUGUGGGCCUAGGCGGGGCGGGCAGGGCGGGGUGCCGCGUGGUGUCAUGGAGUGCCGCGUUGCCUGGCGAGGGGCGGGUGUUAUGGCGCCGCGGUUUCCGCCGCUGCCGCCGCCUUGUGCUUCCUCCCAGGUAGGACGGUCGCCAGCAGCGGGGCGGCUCCGCCACGCCCCCGCGUGUGUGGCGGCGGCAGGUGUGGCCCCACUCUCCUGGAAUCCUCGGCGUGGCGCGGCGUCACCGCGUCGCGGCGGCGGCGGCCACGGCUGUCUCUGAGCCUUCAGUAAUGCCUCACGUCGAAGGCUGCAGCGCACGCAUGCUAGUCUGUCGAUUGUACAUUUACCUGUAACUGUAAUUUUUGUGACCUCUAAGUUAAGGCCUCACGGGCGCUCCCGGAGGCCCCCGGAGGGGAGGGGGAGAGGAGGGGAGAGCUUGACCUGGCGGGUCAGCGUCAUUUGUGCAGCGACUCCCCCGACCCUGACCUGAACCUCCGGGCUGUCCUGCAGGAUAGCGCCUGUGUGUGUGUGUGUGUGUGUGUGUGUGUGUGUGUGUGUGUGUGUGUGUGUGUGUGUGUGUGUGUGUUUCUACACCAACGGAUGUGGUGGUGAAGAUAACUUUUUCAAGAGGCUACACUUCCUCUCACACUUUCUUCUGUACCUGGACCGUAGGCUUAAUAGUACUUACUUAGCUGUAAUUUCCAUAUAUUAUAACAUAUAAACUAGUUUUAUCAUGUCGGUGCAUUCCAAGCUGUGUGUGUGUGUGUGUGUGUGUGUGCGGACAAGAGCGGCGGUAACUUUAGUGUAUCAGUGUUUAGCAUUAACGUAACGUAGUCGUGUGUGUGUCGUGUGGGCGGCGGGCGCGUGCCGGGCCGCCCGCCACCUCCCUUGCUGUGUUUUGUAUCUGACGUGUCUUCCUGGCUUGUACGGGGACGGGAGCUGCCCUUGCCCCGUCAGAGAGAGAGAGAGAGAGAGAGAGAGAGAGAGAGAGAGAGAGAGAGAGAGAGAGAUUGAGAUUGUCAGUCAUUUAGUCAAGGUGAGUGUAAGUGUGUGAAGACUUCAUUUGUAACAUUACUAUUUUUGCUGAGGGCACUUUUGUAGAUGUAGUGUAAAAUUUAGCAGUUAAGGAAGGCAAUUAAGCAACAGGUAUGACAACUGAAGGAGGAAGAGGAGGAGGAGGAGGAGGAGGAGGCAGGUGGGCAGGUGGGAGGGUAGCGCACGUGCAUACCUUUACCUGCGGACAUGUGAGACAGGUGAGGGAGGUGAGGAUGAGGAAGCAGUGUGUUGAGUAACAUAUCAUUCACUUGAAAGUAUGAUCAAUUAGUAUUCUCCAGGUAAUAUGCAGGUAAUUUCCUCAGCCCUCUCCCUUCCCAGCUCCUUAAUGACCACCUCCCACAUUAUAUUAUAACGCAUCUCCUUGCUCCUCUCCUCACCUCACUGCCUCCUCUUCGUCCUCUUUCCUCCUCAUCUUAUUUCACUACCUCCUCCAUCAUCUUCCACUUAUUUCCCUGCCUCCUCUUCCUCCUUAUCCUCGCCUCUUUUACUCCUCCCUCUCUCACCUCUUCCUCUCUUUCACUUUCCUCUCUUCACCCCAGAUUCGCUCAGGACAACUUCAUUCCGUUCUCUUUAAAAUUCUAUCAGUGUCCAUUUCUCUCAUCCUAUCCUGUUCCUACUCCUACAUCUAGCUCUGCCUCAUCUACAUUUCCUCCUCGUUUUCUUCCUUCUUCCUUCCUUUCUCCCGUUUCCUUCUCUCCUCCCGUUUCCUUCCCUCCCUUUCCUCAGGCCCAACAACCUCUGUUCCUCGCAGUCUUAAGUAAACAUCGAAAUUAUAUCUUUUUGUUUUUUCCUUGCAUUAAUAAAGUACUUGGAGAUAAUUGUAAAAUAAAGAUUUACUUCUUGCCGGUUGUAUUAUUUCAACCUCGUCCUUGAAGAGUUGAAAGAGGUUACCUUAAAAACUUUCCUGUGAGGCCACCAAGGAAAACGAAUUCACGGCUUGCGCUUGCGCACCACGCGGGGAAUAGAAGCAGCCAUGACGUGGGUGUGGAAGGACGGACAUCUUUGCUCUGCCGGUGUGAUAUUCAAGCCUGCACCUCUGCCAUGCUGGUUCACUGUUGCCGCGGCCGUGGCGCCCCUCCGAGGACACGUGACCUGAAAGGACGUACGGAUGAUGAAGGAGGUUUGCCAUAUCUUCCAGCUCGUGUAAGCAGCUUCCUGGCCAGCAACCACCGGAGCAUCCUCCUCCUGGGCAACAACCUCCUGGUCAGCCUGAAUGCGAAGGCUGGUCUCUGUCCUAGCUGCUGACACGUGUCUUCAGAUCUUUCUUGCCAAGCUCAACUUCUUGAGACCCAUGAUCACGUGCCACAACAUCCCAAGUGUCAUCCUGAGGCUCAGCACCAAACUCCACCUCUGCCAAAGUAACAUCUGCUUCACAGAUUCAAGAAGCCUGUAGCCUGAAAAGUAUAUAUUUUAUUCUUCAGUUAUUAUGUUACUAUGAGCAGUAAGAGGAUGGUAAUAAAGGUUGCAUGAUUACUUUAUACAAUGCUCAUUAAUUAAACGAUCUUACAAUGA